ACAAAGUUGGCUUUUGGUGAUUGUUUUGAGGAGAGCGCCAUGUUCCGGGGAUGACAAGCAGGCAGACGUAUUCACCCUCAGUCAGCUUAAAUAGGACGGAAUAGGUUUAGGACAAAGUAAUUGACAACGGUGUCCCAAGGAUACGAGAAAUAAAGGUGGAUGAAGUGGAGCCAGGCUGCAUUCGAGGGUGACCCCUCAGCGGCCAUGAUGGCAGGAAGACACAUACCUCAUCCCACACCCCCACAGCCCAUCAGACCUCAGUUGCAGGUUCAGGGGCAGUAUAUGGAAUAUGGCAGAUCACUUGCUCGUUCCCAAGAUGACGAGCAGGUAAAUUAUUUUUGCCAGCGACCCCAUAACGACAACGACUUUGCUUACCAGAAGGGGCAUCGAUGGGCCGUAGGCGAUGAUUCUGUCAUCGAUGUAAGUAGAGAGAAGUGGGUGAAUGGCAGCGUGGUGUAUAAUGAACAGGAGAUGGGUGGACUACAUGGUUCUGCAGUGAGAAACGUUAGCAGAAGAGUAGAAUAUGGACAACAGAUUGCACCUGCGAAAAAGCUAUGGGGAGUGGAAGAAGGGAAGACAGACAACAAGGGGAUUUUCAACAUAGGGGAAGCAUCGUGGAGAGAAGCAGCAUGGAGCACGGGAACAGGACACGCGACUGGCCCGCACCAUCAUGGUGUGGGCCAGAGUCACGGGUUAAGUAUGGGCGUGGGUCAGCGGGGACACGGACGGCCACAGUUUGCUGGGGGAGACUCUGUAUUAUCACCACGUGCCACAGACCAUGCUGGAGUGGGACUCAAGAUGGUUGAGUAUGUCCUGGCUUCCUCACCCACUGGAAAGGACCUUGAUGCUCGCAUGGCAAACCUUGCCCUUAGAAACGGAGGUGGAGAUAGUACCAAGGACAAGAAAGACAAGGCUCCCUCACCGUUUGAUCCCACAAAAAAAGAUGUAGAGAAUGGUAACACCCCUCAGGCUAAUGGUAUUGUACAGAACGGCCUCGAUGAUGACAAAACAUUUAAUGUGUUGCAAUCCCACAGCCGGACGCCGGGGAGUAGACAAGGAUCGCCAUCAGAAGAAGAUAUCAACAAGAAUGGCAUGGUUCAAGGCGUGGGCGUCAAGGAGCCUGAGCUGGUGGGUGGUGGCGUGGUAAUGGGUGGCCCCGGCACACAAGUUCUAGGGCAUCUUGAUCAUCCUGGUUUUGAUGGUGUGGGUAGUGGAGCGGUGGGUGGAAUGGGUGGCCCUGCAGGUAUGUUAGAUCCUAGCAUGGGUGGAGCGGGUGGCCCCUUCUCCUCUCCUGCUGGACCUGAUUACAGCAAUAUGGCCACCAGUAUGCCCAUGGACUCACCCACCCUCCUGCCUGCCCCAGGGGGACCUCAGCCACAAAACUUUACCGACAGUCAGCAGUUGUUCCGGAGUGCGCAGCAGCAGCAAGGAGGACCCAAUCCCCAGCAGAUCCAGCUGCUCGCCCAGCAGCAGUACUUGGCAGCCCAAGCUGCUCAACAACAGGGACUUGCAGCACCACCAGCAGCCUUCAGUGCACCAUAUGUGAUAAACACUCAGGAGCCAUAUGUGGGCACACUUAUUACUGGUCCAACAGCAGUUAUUCCUCAGUACUAUGGGGUGCACUGGGGUGUAUAUCCAGCAAACAUUAUCCAGCAACAAGGCCCUGGUGGUCAACCCCGACGACCAAUCUCUCCAUCUCAAACUACUGAAGUUACCAGUCAAAGCAAUGGAAAUUUGGCUGCAUCAGCUGCAGCGGCAGCAGGCAACAUGCAAGGUCCUCUUUCUCAAUACCAGCAGGUAAUCCCAGCCUACUAUGACCAGAAUGGAACCGUGUUGAUGGGUAACCUUAGAGGAGUUGGUAAUGGAGCUCCAGUUCGGUUGGUCUCUCCAGCGCCAGUCCUUAUUAAUGGUGCCAAUGGCGCCCAAGCUGCUGCUGCAAACAAUAUGCGACUUUUGAGCAACCAGGCUCCUCAAAUUGGAACACCUCCAGCCUCUCUCUACAAUAGUAGCCAGACUGCGAGCCUAAACAACAGCCAAACCUUCACCGGGAGCACACUUGCUGAUUCCCUAUCGCAAGGCCUGCAGACUUCCAAUGCACUAACAGGCAACAACUACUCGUUGGGUCUGCAAACUAGUAGUCUAGGUUUUGGCAAUAGCACCCUGGGCACCAUUGGAUCCCCUGCUAUUGGCAAUUUAGGUGGUGGUUUGGGCGGCAGCAGUAUGGGUCGGCGUGAUUCUCUCGAUCGCACUACAUCUGUUUUAUCCCCCCUUUCUCAAGAUUUUCGAAGUGCUAAGUGGACUAGCAAUUAUGGAGCUUUAGGAACUGUAACUGCAUCUCCUGGACCUAUUGGUCUAACCUCGGGAAGUCUUACUCCACCUCCAAGCUUGAGUAGUACCUCAUCAGCACUUCCUCUUGGAGCUCUUAUGUCUGGUAAUCGUGUCAUUUCUGCUGCACCUGGAGCAGAGGCCAAGUUCCGUAAUGGCUCUACCAAUGGCAUGUUCAACUCUGGUGGACCAUCAUCAUUAUUUCCACCACUAAAGAGGAAUUUGAGUUUGGAUAAAUGCACUGGUCGUUCACGCUUACUUGAGGAUUUCCGCAAUAAUCGCUUCCCGAAUCUCCAACUAAGAGACUUGGCUAACCAUAUUGUGGAAUUUAGCCAAGACCAACAUGGUUCAAGGUUCAUUCAGCAAAAGCUAGAACGAGCAACACCGGCUGAGAAACAAAUGGUAUUCAAUGAAAUUUUGACGGCAGCGUAUUCUCUCAUGACAGAUGUAUUUGGUAAUUAUGUAAUACAGAAGUUCUUUGAGUUUGGGACACCAGAUCAGAAAACUGUGUUGGCAAAUAAGAUUCGGGGUCAUGUCUUACCACUAGCAUUGCAAAUGUAUGGCUGUCGUGUGAUUCAGAAGGCCUUGGAAUGCAUUACUCAAGAUCAGCAGAAGGAUAUUGUUCGUGAGCUUGAUGGUCAUGUACUGAAGUGUGUUAAGGACCAAAAUGGCAACCAUGUUGUGCAGAAGUGUAUUGAGUGUGUGGACCCAAUGGCCUUACAGUUCAUCAUUAAUGCCUUCCAAGGGCAAGUAUUCACACUGUCAACACAUCCGUAUGGUUGUCGUGUAAUACAACGCAUCUUGGAGCAUUGUACUGGGGACCAGACGUCUCCAGUGCUAGAAGAAUUACAUCAGCACACGGAACAGCUGUUACAAGAUCAAUAUGGUAAUUACGUCAUCCAGCAUGUGCUUGAACAUGGCAAGCCAGAGGACAAGAGUAAAAUUGUGGGCGUGGUUCGAGGAGGAGUCUUAAAGCUCUCUCAGCACAAAUUUGCCUCAAAUGUUGUUGAAAAAUGUGUAACGCAUGCCACCCGUGCUGAGAGGGCCAUGCUCAUUGAGGAGGUAAACGUGUGUGGUUACAGUGACAAUACUCACAGCUCACUCCUUGUGUUAAUGAAAGACCAGUAUGCAAAUUAUGUUGUACAGAAAAUGAUAGACGUUGCUGAACCUGCUCAGCGGAAGAUGCUUAUGCACAAGAUUCGCCCACACAUUUCCACUCUCCGCAAAUAUACUUACGGUAAACACAUUUUAGCCAAACUGGAGAAAUACUUCAUGAAGAAUGCCCCCGACACUAUGGGUCCCAGCAUGACCAGUCCCCUUUAAGUUGCCCUCACCACAGCUCCACCACCACUUCCCACAUGCCACUGCUCCAUAAAGCAAAAAUGCUAACAUCUUAAUUUUUUAUUAUUUUGAUAUUUUAAAUUUUUAAUUAUUUGAGCACGCAAUUAAUCUUCAAGAAAAUGUCAGUGGUGUGAAGCACAUACUUUAGCCAUUAGUAAUGUUACGAAUUAUAACGUGUCUGAUGUUAUAUAUUUUCUCGUCCUAUUAGCCUUAUCAAUUAAAGGAUUUAAGAAAUUUAGUAUUGCAUUAAGGAGCAAAAUCAGUUGAAUCUGAUUACAUAUAAAGAUGGAGAUUGUAUGUUUAUUUUCUCUCCCAAAAAUUAAACCUUGAAUUAAAUUAUUGGGUAAUAAUUUAAACUUGAGUUCCUAGUUAUUUUUACACUGUAAAAAUCUAGGAUGACCAAAUCUUUUGAUUUUAAAUCUUAAAUUUAAUAGAUGGACUGAGCAACAUUACUUGAUUUAAUUUACAUCAAGUUCAGCUGUUGAUACUGACAUGCAUAUCUUUAUUAUAUUGCAAAUUUAAAAGUAACUGUUUAUACCUUGACCUGUCAGGUAUUAAGAAUGAUGGAAUUUUUCUUUGACAAUAAAGACAUACAUAUGAUUUCUUGCUGCAAGAAUUCAAAGGCCAUUGGAAAAAAAAUUAAUGUUAAUUGAAACUUAUUUUGGUGUGCCCUUAACGCAUAGAAACUAUUCAGCUAGGCUCUUGUAGUGUGAUAGAGCAUGUUAUUCAUUAUUGUGGGCUUGUGGCUAUUUGCAUGAUUUUGCUGUAGUGAGCUUUUCCCAUAUAUAUCAAAUUUGAAUCUUAGACAUAUACAUGUUUGCCACUUUUUACCCAAUUGGUAAAUGUUGUUACCUAAUGUUGUAUUGCUCUUUCUUUCAUAUUAGUAGUGGUGUGUAAUGUUAGUAUUUAGAAGCUGUGUUUGCCUCUCAAGAGCAAACAUGGUACUUCUCAAGUGAUUAAAGCAGAGCAUGGAAGGCACCCCAUAUCCCAACACAUGCAAAGGUAAAAAACCAAUCGUGAAGGAAUAUUUGUUCCAGUAUCUGGCACUUAUGCACAUUAGGUUGGUAAGCACAGGUGUAAUAGGAUUGAAUCUGUAGGAAGCCAGUUCUUACGACAAUGGUCAGUUGACAACUUGUUGCAUUUCUUUCUUAAAAAGUCCACAAUGGAAGUGGUUGGUGUUUUAAAGUGGAUGAUGUGGGAGGUGCCUGCCCUGGCCCGUGUCCCAGUAAAGGUGCGGGACUCUGCCCUCGUCCAGCAAAUAGGUCAUCUCGACCUAGUGCAUUGUAAAAUUUGAUGUACAUUGUAUCAACUGGUAUAUAUAAAGCAAUUUCAAUAUGUAAUAUUGGGCAUUACUGUAAAUCUGUACAGUCGAAUAUUCUAUAUUUUCUUACUUGUUUGUGUGUUUGUAAUGUCAGUGUGAUAAUACCACCACUAAAUCCAGCACAAUUGUGGCAAGUCAUGCCUGUGUGUUAGUAGACUGGUGUCUGAAUCAUCAUACAUUGUAAAAAUUUCAGUUGAACACUCACCAACCUAUUGUCUCACCAGCUGCAAACCAUAAGGACACUGGCACUUACACUGCAUUUAGAAAAUCCGUCACGACUGCUGCAAUUCCUCACAGGUUUGUAAGCAUGUCUUUUGCAGUGCACUCCCUGGGACUGGCAUUCAUGAGGAUGAGGAGGUAGAAUGGCCUUUUUACCAUCAAUAGAAUGUAUAUUUCAGUGAUUUCUCCUCCCCUUACUCUUGUUGCUGGCCACCAAGUAUGAAAAACUCAGGCUUCUGGGUUAUAACAAUUAUUCUGCUGAAAUUCUCUUGGACCUGUAUGCAGACUGUGCCUAGAAUGCUUGACUGGUCCAAGAGUAUGAGGAGCAGUGUUAAUAUCUGUUAAACUUGUAUCUUUGUAUCCCAGUACUGGAGCUCUUGCAGGCUGGAACAGGCCCAUGUGUUUAUAUUGUAGAGCUCCUGCCCUUGCCAAAAGACCUAACAUUGUCAAAUUGUAAAUUCUGUGAAUAUUAUUGAAUUUUUUGUGCAGCCAAUAUUAUGGCUUGUAAUGUAACAUUUUGUAAUAAAUUAGUGUACAGAAAAUGCUAAUAUGUGUACAUUUGGAACAUGUACCUUUUGUAAACGCCAUAUUGUACAGAGCACAUGGUGAUAUACUUAUGAGCUGUGUUACUGCUGUAUAGUAAAUUGUACAUAUUGAUUAUGAAGCAAGAUCUUAGCUUGGCCUGUACCUGCCUGUUGAGCACUAGUUGUAUAUUACUUAUGUAGAUGUAAUUUUCUUGUAAACUGUAUUUUGUAUAUGUCCUAAGCUAACAGUAGUUGGUGUAAUAUUUACUGUCUUGAUCUCACAGUUCCUGCGGGGAAGGUGUGAAGUGUAACAAUUUUGGUCCUUUUUGCCUUGCUUGUAGUCUGCCAUCUUGGUUUGGGUCUUUACUCAUAUUUCAUAUUUACGGUUUUAAUCUGCCUUAGAUUUAAGUAAAUGAAAAGAAAUCAAACAUUUUCACACUUCUCCAUGGAAAUGCUCUCUCCACCAAACUGGCUUCUUGGUUCUGUAAUUAACUGGAUAAGGUACGUCAUUGAAAAGUGACUUGAAUAUAAAGUUGAUUAGGGAAUCCAAGUUGUCAGAACUGUACAUCUAUGUACAUUUUCAUAUUUGUAACCUUUGUUUGCCUUAGAUGUAGACGGACAUGGUCCUUUGACCCAAUUUUUGGCACUAGCUUCUCUGAAGUUUUAUAUUGUGUUCAUACAUUAAUUCAAACUAUGUAAUCCUGUUCAGACUUCACAUUAAGCUGUUAAUGUUGAAGUAUUUGCACCAUGUCUGUUGAUAUUAGCAGUUAUUAAACAGUUUUGUGUAAUUUUUGUAUUGUUUGUAUUAGUGUAGUUAGCCUAGAGGUGUGCUAAUUGGCUGCGGGGCUUGCUUCCCCCUGACAUGGCAAUUUUUUUUAUGCAACUGUAUUAUAUUGGUAGUGGCAACUACCCUUGCGUUUCAUUUUUACUUCAUUUCUUUCUCCUCACCAAAACUACUAAAAAAAGCAUUCUGCUCUUCAUGGUAGUAGAUACCAUAAUUUUCAUUCAUUACUGCCAAAUCAUGGAAACAGUCCCUCAAGCCUUAUGCUAAACCUUUGUCAUCCAGGCCACACUAGUGUGUACGUAGGACAUUUUAAACUGUAUUAUAUGUAAAAAUGUAUCUUAUACAAUAUGUAUAAAAUGGAGUGAUGCAUUCCAUUUGAACAUCCAAGGUUUUCUACCAAUGUGGAAAGGUGAACAGUCUGAUGGCCAACCGCUCCAGUUAGCUAUCCUCUGCCAGCAUUGUUUCUAGAGUUGUUACUGUUACUGGCCAAGGUGGAGGUAUGGCUUGGCCUCAUUAACCCUUCUCUGUACUUCCCUCUUGCUGUUAUUCCUGGCCAUCCCACAACUUAUGGCUCUCAGUGCUAGCCUUUGGCCUGAAUCACGCAAAUCCUGCAAGUAGUAGACAAAAACUAGUUUUCUUGCUCCAUCACUCAACAAUCGACAACAACAAAUCUCCAGCUUUUACAUUGCUAAAAUAUUCUUUCCUUGAUAAUAGUAAAUCAGUCUCGAUUCUAACCUAAUAUGGAUACCACAAGAACAAGAGACAGUGCCUUGCCACUACUGCUUGUCAGUGAGGAGUGUGGUGAAUGGCAGUGUACAGAGGGUGUCCUCCUAUGAGGAGGGUGGGGCUGGGCCAACCAUAAACAGCGUGGGCUGGUUGCAGCUCCUUAUAGGUGCUGCUGAACAAUAUUGUGCAAUUGUCAACAUAAGACAGGAUCAUUUAUGUUUAAUAUUUACGUACUAUACUUUCUAAGCUAUUUACAUAUACUGGACAUGAAUUCUAUUUUCACUUCUGGCUUACUUUGUCCCCCUUAAGUACUUUGCCUCCUUCAUGUUCUCAUUUCAAAACAAAUUUCCCUGGACUUGUGUGACCAGCCCAGCGUCUUAAACUUUUCACCAAUUAAUCAGUUCUGUGAUGUACAUGCUGUAUCAUAUGUAAUGGUCUACUCCAUUAAUAAACUUUCUGUAAUGUGAAA